GAGGAGACUGUCAUAUAGUCGAUCGUUUCUGAGCCUCCGUGCAUGUCAAGCAUGAGGAAGACCAUAUUUGCAUGCGCCCUUUGGCCAUCCUUUUUUAUUGUCGUACGAGUGCUUCUUCUCCUCUCGUGUCCUGUGAAGUCGGUAGCUUCCCGAUCGGAGACACCACCCACCCAAUUCGCCACCGACCGCGCGGCGCUCCUCUCCUUCAAGUCCUUCAUACGUGACGAUCCCCUGGGGGCGCUGUCCUCCUGGAACAAUGCAUCCUUGCAUUUCUGCCAAUGGCGGGGUGUGAGGUGCCGCCUCCGCAACCAUCAACCGCGGGUCACAGCUCUGCGGUUGGGGUCUCUCGGCUUGGCGGGUUCCAUAUCUCCCUCCCUAUCCAAUCUUACCUUCCUCCAGAGGCUCCACCUCCCUGAGAACCGUCUUCGGGGUGUCAUUCCGCAAGAGCUGGGCUUGCUGUCCCGUCUUCGACAUCUCAACCUGAGCUACAAUCCUCUCGCCGGAGGCAAGAUUCUGGUGAAUCUGGUUCGCAACUGUUCUCGUCUUCGAUACCUCAGCCUGAACGGCAACAACUUGCACGGGGCAAUCCCACGCAGCAUCGGCCGAUGCUCGCAACUCCAACUUAUCGGUUUGACGGAUAAUAUGCUGGAGGGGGGAAUCCCAAGUCAGCUGGGAUCCCUUUCCAAGCUCAAGGUGCUUUCGCUUUGGAACAACAGCCUCGGUGGACGCAUUCCUCCGGCUAUUGGGAAUCUUGCCGAGUUGAUCCAGCUCAAUUUACAACACAAUCAACUCACCGCCUCUGUUCCUGCCGCCAUCGGGAACCUCACGUCCCUGACACAUGUUGAUUUGUCCUAUAAUUAUCUUGCAGGCGGCAUUCCAUCGGAGCUUAUGAAUCUUACGACCCUGACCACUCUGUAUCUGGAUGACAACCAACUCACUGGGGCGAUUCCUGCUGCAGUCGGGAAUCUCUCCUCCCUCGCUCUGCUUGAUCUCUCGAAUAAUCAACUCACAGGAGGCAUCCCAUCCGAGAUUGGAAAUCUUGUCCCCCUGACUCUUCUUUAUUUGUCUGGCAACCAGCUCGCUGGAACCAUCCCAUCCGAGAUCGGCAACCUUGGGAGGCUGAGGAAUCUUGAUUUCUCUAGCAACCUCCUGGUGGGAACCAUUCCUUCGAGUUUGGGAUCCGUAAAAGAUUUAUACAUCUUGAGUUUCUACGACAACCAGCUAGAAGCAGGGAAUGAUGUGGAAUGGGGCUUUUUGGAUGCGCUAUCCAACUGCACCAAGCUUAGAGCACUGGAUCUAUCGAGGAACUAUCUCGGCGGCAUUUUACCGAGAUCGAUAGCCAAUUUGUCUACGACCCUGGAACGGCUGUCCAUGAUCACAAACGACAUAGCUGGGAGCAUUCCCGCUGAGAUCGUCAACCUUGCUAAGUUGAGCGAGGUAUGGCUGUCCUCUAACCUCCUCGGCGGUCCGAUUCCUGCAACACUUGGAAGCCUCCCGAGUCUACAACUAAUAGCUCUGGAAGAUAACAAGUUAACGGGAGAAAUCCCGGCGACCCUUGGCAACCUAACCGGAUUGUCUACACUUCUUGUGUCCUCCAAUGAACUGCACGGACCGAUACCUCUUACUCUCGCACGCUGCCCACUGGAUACAUUGGACCUUUCUUUCAACAAGUUAAGCGGCACAUUGCCCAAAGAAAUCCUAUCCAUCUCCACUCUCACCGUGUUCCUCAACGUUUCCAGCAAUUCACUGACAGGAUCCCUGCCUCCGCAGGUGGGAAACCUGAAGAAUGUUCGAGCUUUGGAUGUUUCCAAGAACAAAUUGUCGGGCGAAAUUCCUGGCAGUAUCGGCGGAUGUGAGGUGUUGCAGUAUCUCCAUAUGGAAGAGAACCUUUUCGACGGACCCCUUCCUCCAUCGUUUAGCGGGUUGAAGGGACUUCAAGAAUUGGAUGUUUCACGGAACAACCUGUCCGGGAGCAUUCCCAGCUUUUUUGGGAGAUUCCCAUUCUUGAGGCUUCUCAACAUCUCCUUCAAUAAUUUUGAGGGCGAAAUACCACCAGAUGGGAUCUUCCGGAACGCGAGAGCCUUCUCGUUUGCUGGAAACAAUAAGCUUUGUGGGGGCGUCCGGAAUCUGAAAUUGCCUCCGUGUUCCUUCCACAGAUCCUCCACGAAGAAGAAGCAUACAUCUCCAAAGCUGAUCGCCAUCAUCUCGGCUGCCGCUGGAACCGUGUGCCUGGUCCUGCUUUUCUCUUCGUUCUGCGCUCUUCGUUGGAUACUAAAGUCAAAGCGGGAAACUCGCACCAUGACAAGCAUCGGAGAUCGAUAUAAGAAGGUCUCCUACGCCGAGUUGCUGAGAGCAACUGAUGGUUUCUCCACCGCAAAUCUGAUCGGUGCGGGAGGCUAUGGUUCAGUGUACAAAGGAUUUAUGAACGGCGUCGUCGACGUGUACGACGUCGUUGCAGUAAAAGUCUUCAACCUGCAGCAGAGAGGGUCUUCGAGGAGUUUCAUUGCCGAGUGCGACGCGCUGAGGAACAUACGCCAUCGAAAUCUUGUCAAGAUCUUGACAGCUUGCGCAAGCAUCGAUUUCAGAGGCAACGAUUUCAAAGCACUCGUCUACCAGUUCUUGCCGAAUGGGAAUCUAGACCAGUGGCUUCAUCCGGACGCACAAGGGCCAACUCGGAGGACGCUGAGCCUCACCCAGAGGCUGAACAUUCUGAUGGACGUGUCCUGCGCAUUAGACUAUCUGCAUCACCAGGGUCCAGAUCCAAUUGUACACUGUGAUAUAAAGCCCAGAAACAUUCUGCUGGACAAUGACAUGGUGGCUCAUGUGGGCGACUUCGGCCUGGCAAGGAUCCUCAACAGAGUUCCCAUCACCGAAGCUCAAAGAUCAUCUAGCUCUAUGAUACUGAAGGGAACCAUCGGAUACGUCGCUCCAGAGUAUGGAGUGGCCAAUAAAGCUUCUACCGAAGGGGAUGUCUACAGCUACGGAAUAGUCGUGCUAGAGAUGUUCACGGGAAAGAAACCUACGGAUGUGACUGCCCAGAACGGUCUCAGUCUACCUCGAUACGUGGAGAUGACGCUCCCAGAGCGUGUCGCCGAUAUCAUGGAUGCCAACUUGCAGUUGAUAAUGGAGGAAGGAGAUGAAGAAGAAGCACAUCAAGACAUGGAGCGUAUGAAAGCAGAUGCAGUGGAGUGCAUAAUCUCCAUCCUUAGGAUUGGCAUCGAGUGCACCAAAGAAUCGCCACCGGAGCGAAUGCAGAUGAAAGAUGUGAUCAGUGAAUUAGUUGCGAUCAGGAGCACGUUGUUCAGGCAUAAGGUGCAAGGUGGGAGAAGAGUCGCAAUCUAACUCGGAAAUGAUGCUCCUCCAUCGACUACGACAGCGAAGUAAACUAUCAAAGUCGAGCACGAAAGUUGCAGGUCUGCCCAAAUUUCCUGAUGGUUAAGUAACGUAGGAUCGGCGUAAAGAUUCUGAAUAAUCAAUCGUACAUCACCGGAGGCGUCAAAGUUUGCUACUAGCUAGUUUUGUGCUUUACUAUUUGGCUUUCGUCUUGCUAGUUGCUGAGAUUGUUUCUUUUUCUGAAUUUGACUCUUGUUUGUGUUGCCAAGAACCGAAAAAAUGUUAGAGCAAUGGAGUCGUCUGAGUCCUG